AUGUCUGACACCGGCCGCAAGGAUUUCACCACCAAGGCUCAGGAGAAGAUGACUCCUGACUCCCAAAAGUCCACCAUGGACAAGAUGAAGGAAACCGUCACCGACGCUACCGACCGCCUCACAGGCAGCGCGCAAGGCGACAGCCAAAAGUCGUACUCGCAGCAGGCCUAUGACUCCAUUCGUGGUGGAGCGGACAACCAGACCCAUGGUAGCAGCACCGAGACAAUGUAUGUUCCCCCCGUCUGA